UCCAAAUGAGACGUCUUAACAAGGGCAUAAGGCCAGGUGAAUGGGAACUGUGUUUGUUGAUGCAGUGAACUGGGGCUUCAUUAUCGCAGCGAAUAGGAAGGUGGCCACUACUACGGGGUAGGUUUGAAGCUCCUAGAAUGGUCUGUCGAUCUUUUCUUGGGGGAGAGAGGCUUGGAAGUUUUCGAGUCGAGACUGAUGCCUAGAAAUUCUAUGGAAGCCCUGGGGCCUGAAGUUUAAUGAGGAGGUCGUCGAGGAGAUGGAUGAGGUAAGGUAUUUGGUAGUUGUUACAGAGAAUCCAGCAAACCGCUUCAGACAUGUUGAAAAUCCUGGGGUUGCUUUUACAAUCAAAGUUGAGGCGAAACACAGUUUUUUGCGCCAGCGAAUGCCGAAUUGAUAAAAAAAAGUCUGGCAAAUGACAUUUUUAGUGAAAUGGCGAUAUAUGCAUCAAAUGUUACUUUCGCUCUUUGUGUAUAAAAGUUUUUACGUGAAUCGUUUUAAAGGGGUUAGGUCCUGAUUGGCUGAUUUAUGUAAUUAUCUAACAAGAACGAAACUAGAGCUUAAGAGUAAAAGUAAAAGUAAAAGUAGACCCAGAGAUCAUCAGGAAGUGUUCAAAGCAACAUUCAGCACAGAGGAAAUCAGACAUGAGUGAGUUUGAUGCAUUACUGUCAAGCGACUUUUCCGAAGGUUCUUAUGACUCAAAUGUCUUAUCGACGUCUGAGCUAAGGAUUGUUCUGGUAGGGAAGUCUGGAACAGGAAAGAGUGCAACGGGAAACACUAUUCUGGGACGGGAAAGGUUUCGUGCAGAAUCCUCGCCUGUAGACGUUACGAGAAACUGCAGCAGAGAAUCUGUAGAGCAAAGAGGAAGAAUAAUCUUUGUAAUUGACAUGCCGGGGUUUUCUGGAUCGCUGACCAAAGAAGAAAUGAAGACACAAGUAGAGAAGUGUGUCGAGCUGUCCGUUCCCGGUCCUCAUGUGUUUCUGCUGGUCAUCAAUCUGGACGCAAGGUUUACACAAGAGGAGGAAAACGCGGUGAAAGUCAUCCAGGAAAACUUUGGAAAAAAUGCAGCGCGCUUUACUAUCGUUCUGUUCACCCGCUCGGAUCAGCUGGGAAAUAAAACUUUGCAAAGCUUUGUAGGAGAAAGCCCGAACUUAAGGAAACUCACUGAGAGCUGCGGUGGAAGAUACCAUGCGUUCAACAAUAAAGACUUGGGGAACCGCUCCCAGGUCACAGAGCUGCUGAAGAAGAUCGACAGGAUGAUCCAGGAAAACGGAGGAACCCAUUACACCAAUGAAAUGUUCGAGGAAGCUCAGAAAAAGAUGAAAAUGAAGGAGAUGAAGAAAAAGGCAGGAGACGUUGCUUUAGGAGUCGCAUCGGUUAUAGGAACGGGAACGGCGAUAGCUGGAGGUCUCGCCGCCGAGGCUGCGGUCGCACCGGUUUUAAUCGCAGCGGGGGCUUCGUUUGCUGCGGGAACGGCUAUAUCACUCGCUGUGAAAAAAAUCACGGAAAAGAGAAAGAAAGAAAGCAGUUAGAUUCAAAAUAAAAUGCUCUCAGCUGUUUUUAAACAGGUUGUUCUUUAAAACUUACAGUAUUUGUAUAGAUGUAACAGAUGGCUGAUGAUGUCGAGGGAUUGUGUUUAUUUGAGUGAUACCUUGUAUUGUGAACACACUGUGAUGUGUUACUGAUUCAUCAAGAAGAAGAGACCACACAGAAUAUUGUAUUCUUUUAUUUGGAACGUUUGCUUGUAUGGCUGGGAUUAUUUCAGUGAAUCUUCAUGUAUGCAGAUGUCCCUGUCAUGCUCUGUCCUUCAGCAGCUUGAUAUAUAACAAUAUUGUAUCAUUGUCUCAUCAUUUUAAUUCCUUUCUUGUACUGUUGUUGCAUUUCUUCAUUGUCUGUUCGUAAUUUGAGUCUGUAAUAAAGCUAAAGUAAAGAAAUAAAUAUAACAAAACCCCAAACUAAGUAGCCCAAUAUCCCUGUAAACUAGCCAAAGAAAAAUGUGGAAAACAAACCGAAAUCUUCAGCGCGUGCGGCGCCGUAACUAACCUACUCUCACUAGGACGAGAAAA